AUGGCGGACAAGAAGUGGCUGCUAGGACCGGGGCCACUGGAACCGAUGCCCCUGGGCAUGACCUGCAAGCCCUGGUACAAAGACAAGUUACCCUCCAAGUGUUUCGCAAAGCACAAGAAGAUGCUCCUGAAGUUCCCCACCUCCCUGGACAGCCGGCGGUGGAUAUUUGUGAAAGAGCGGCUGGACGACUUCCGGAAGGGUUGCCCACCUUGUGAAGAUCUGAUCACUCGCAGCCCUAAGGAGGGCUUUCUCCCCGUGAUUGCUCACAGAGUUCCCCAGCAUGCCCCCAAAAAGAGUCAGAAAAAGCUGCCCGGGGAAGCAGACCUGUUUUCCACGCUCUCGCCAGCCCAGCUAGCACAGAAGGCAUUCGUGGAGGACAUCGAAGCCCACCUGACCAAGCAUCCCUUGGCUCUCUACCCGAAUCUGGAGGAAGAUCUACCUGCAGACCUCUUAUUAAAGGUGCUGGAAGUGCUCGAUCCUGACGGGAAGCUGGAGGACACAUGGGCUUACUGUCAGGGCCCCAGGAAAAGAACGAAGUCCCCCACAAAGCUUCGUAAAAAACGUCCUGCCAAGGUCUACCUGGAACCUCCAAAGAAGCCUCCUGUGUCACAUCCAGCCAGUUUGCAUCACGAAGACAAGAAGUCAAGCAGAAAGGAUUCACUCACUGAUCCUCCUGUUCACAGAGAAGUACCGAAAGCCAUUCGUAAAUCCUUCAAAUGGGUUGCUGCUUUUGGAAACUUGGGCAUUGAUGAAGCGCUCAUCACGAAACCGUGUGAGGCUGGCUGUGAGUGGCCACCAGCCCAGGAUACAGUCUACAUGAAGAAAGUAACCCAGGUCCCUUCAAAGGUAAAGUACAGCAUCGGGCUAGAGAAAAUGGAGAAGAUAAAAUUAUCCAGAGAGGAAGGAAACUGGGAGAGGAAACCCCAGAAACCACAGAAUCCUUAUAAACCCAACUCGGUGGAGAUGAGGUAUGGUGCAUCGUACCUGAAGCCCAAGUUGUGGAAAAAGCUAGUAAAUGACGAACCUUCAAUUGACCCCAACGUCUUACUUGAAGAUGGGAGUUUUAGAAAGAAGCUUCCUGAACACGACAUUCUUGAAGAUCUUUAUGGAACAAUAGCAUUUAAAGAGUUCAUUCUAAGCAAGGGCUACAGGAUACCAGACAUCCCUGAGAGGCUGUUCCUCAGGAAGGGAUGGAAAGAUGAUUCUGUUAAGACUCCUAUACACAAAGUAAUAAAAAUCAGCCAAAAUGGAGAUGAUGCACGGGAAGAUGUUUAG